UGGAUGAAGAAAAGCCUGAAUCGACUUGUUUGGCUAAUGUUUUUCUUAAAAAUAGCCAACAAUUUGGAAUUUACACAGAUUAUUGCAAUAAUCGAACACUUUCGUGUACUGAACUUGCACAGCUUGAACAACAAUCACAAUAUUUUCACUUUUUUGAGUCCGUUAAAAAAAAUUUCUUUUACGUGCCUUGCCAAAACUUUCAUUGGACGCAUUUUUAUUAACUCCAGUUCAACGUAUCUGUCGUUAUCCUCUUCAACUAUUGGAACUUUUAAAAGCCACACCUCCAAACCACCCGGAUAGAUUAGCAUUAGAAUUAGCCCAAAGAACAAUGAAAUUAAUUGCCUCAAAAGUUAAUGAUGGAAAAAGAAGAGUUGAUGCUAUACAGAAAAUUUGGUUAUGGCAAAAUAGUGUACAUGGAUUUAGAGUAGAAUUUUUU